UCUCAGCGCAGCCUGGGAAACCCCCGUGGUGGUGCGUAGUCACAGACGCGCUCCGACGGCCAGCCCGGGCACAGCACAGAGGCGUGAGUGACGAGCCCCACAACGUCCCUCUGAGGUCCUGUCAGGUCGUCCUCUGUACCCCGUCCACCGUGGAUCGAUCCACAUGUCGUUUGGUGCACGUUCUGCCUGACGUGGGGUCAUAUGUGUCUCUUUCGGGAGGCGAGCCUGCCCGCAUACGGCGGAUUAGCCAGUCUGGUGCUAGCCUGCUGGAGCUAGGCGGCUGAAGCUAGCCUACUGGAGAUACCGUUCCGGAGCUAGCCUACUGGAGCUAACCUGCCGGAGCUAGCCUGCUACAGUUUGUGUGUGUGUAUUUAGCCGUUCGCUAGCCUGUCGCUAGCCUACUAUUGCUACUUUGUACAAGUGUAGCUGCUAGCUAGCCUGUCAGCUAACCACCAGCACCAUCUAACGUGAGACGGGUUGUUCGGCGUGACACCGGCGGGGAUGAUCCACGCACCAUGCACACUGCGGCGGCUCCUGACGUGUGUCUGAACUGAACCCCGCGUAAGACCCCCGGCCAGGCUCGCCCACGGCGUUAGACCCGACGUGGAGCAUGCAGCCAUGAGCUCUUCCCUGUGGAGCCAGGAGAAGCCCAGCGCGGGCUUCAGGGAGGACUGGCGCUUCUACAUGGUGGUGACGGAGUGCGUGGUGGAGAAGCCUCCGCAGAAGACCCUGCGCAUCCCCCGCGGCAGCCUGGGGCAGGCCUGCCAGGAGCGCAACAACCUGGGCCGCACGCUACCCCCCAGCAAGGGCAAGAGGAGCCUGCGCAUCUUGGACCAGACCAACGUGGUGCUCAGCCUGGACGAGCGGGACGUCCUGGAGCUGGACGAGAAGCUGGCCGAGAUGCUGUUCCCCAUCACCAACUGCGAGGAGCGCUACGCCCUGCUAUGCAACAACCCGCGGCUGGAGCGCGCCCGCAUCAUCGACUGCGGCUCGAAGGUGCACGUUCUGCUGCGCUCCGGCGACGAGCCGCUGCCCGGGGUGGUGCGCUUCAAGGGCUCGCUGCUGCCCGACCGCGCCAUCUCGGGGGUCUGGUUCGGAGUGGAGCUGCUGGAGGAAGGGCGUGGCCAGGGCUUCACGGAGGGCUCCUACCAGGGCCGCCAGCUGUUCCGCUGUGAGGAUGAGUGCGGCGUGUUCGUGGCCCUGGACAAGCUGGAGCUGUGGGAGGACGAGGAGGAGGAGCACGGCGAGCUGGAGGUGGACCACGUCGCCCUGGUGGAGGAGGAGCAAGACUACCCGCCCCUGGACAUCAACUCCAGGGUCCUGGUGCAGACCAGAGAGGGGCCCGAGAGGGGCACCAUCAUCUUCUGCGACCUGUUGCCUGACAACGAAAGCCUGGGCUACUAUGUGGGCGUCGACAUGGACAAUCCCAUCGGGGACUGGGACGGCGUGUUUAAGGGGAAGCUGCUGUGUAACUUCGCCAGCCUGGAGCACACCCUCCUGGUGCCCAUCUGUGACGUGAUGCCAGAAUAUUCCAUGCAGGACCAAAGGCUGCAAAAGCACAGUUUUGCCCCCAAAGGCAGCAUCAGUGACAAGUCCUCCUCUGGCCAAAGCAGACCAAAGAGCAAAGGCUUAGGUCACCAGUGUGGCAGUAGAAGCAAGUCUGAGUUUUACUAUACUUUAAAUGGCAGCUCUGUUGACCCCCCUUGCCAGCCCAAAUCCAAAAGCACAUGGUACAUUGAUGAAGUCGGAGAGGACCCUGCUAAGUCUCUCACGGACACGCCCCCGGACUUCAGCCAGGCCUCGCCGCCCUCCAGGGUGCCGGCGCCCGGCUCGCUGUCCAGCGAUAACAAGUUCCACUCGCUGCCCUUCAGCCUGAACCGCAAGCCGGGGCCCAAUGGCAGCAUAAGCCAGGGGCCAAACUCCCUGUCGGUGGGGUCGGUGAUGGGCGAGCAGCCCGACCUGCCGCCGCAGUCCAUCGGGGCCCCGCCCUCCUCGCCGCGGCCUUCCACGCCGCCGCGCGGCCAGCCGGGCCUGGAGGUGGGCUCGCUGGUGGAGGUGAAGGAGAACCCCCCUCUGUGCGGGGUGAUCCGCUGGGUGGGGCUGCCCCCCGGGCUGCUGGAGCCCCUGGCUGGCCUGGAGCUGGAGGAAGAGUGCGUGGGGUGUACCGACGGGACCUUCAAGGGCACGCGAUACUUCACCUGCCCCCCCAAGAAGGCCCUGUUCGUCAAGCUCAAGUGCUGCCGGCCCGACUCCCGCUUCCCCUCGCUGCACCACUCCUCCAACCCUAUUGAGCGCUGCAACUCCAUCGCGUUCGGAGGGUACCUGAGCGAGGUGGUCCAUGAGAACACGCCCCCACGCACCGAGCACGACGGCCUGGACGUCAUGGUGGGCAAGAAGAAGGGCAUCCAGGGUCACUACAACUCCUGCUACCUGGACUCCACCCUCUUCUGUCUGUUCUCCUUCAGCUCGGUGCUGGAUACGGUGCUGCUGCGGCCGCGCUCCAAGGCCGACGUGGAGUACUACCGCGAGACCCAGGAGCUGCUGCGCACCGAGAUCGUCAACCCGCUGCGCAUUCAUGGGUACGUGUGUGCCACUAAGGUGAUGAAGCUGAGGAGGAUCCUGGAGAAGAUGGAGGCAGCGUCUGGGUUCACGUCGGAAGAGAAAGACCCGGAAGAGUUCCUCAACAUCCUCUUCCACCACAUUCUGAGGGUGGACCCCCUCCUCAAGCUGAGGUCGGCCGGCCAGAAGGUCCAGGACUGCUACUUCUACCAGAUCUUCAUGGACAAGAGGGACAAGGUGGGGGUCCCCACCAGCCAGCAGCUCCUGGAGUGGUCCUUCAUCAACAGCGACCUCAAAUUCGCCGAGGCCCCUUCCUGCCUUAUCAUCCAGAUGCCCCGCUUUGGAAAGGAAUUCAAAAUGUUCAACAAGAUCUUCCCUUCGCUGGAGCUGGACAUCACAGACCUACUGGAAGACACCCCAAGGGAGUGCCGUAUCUGCGGAGGUCUGGCCCUCCACGAAUGCCGCGAGUGUUACGAAGACGGAGACAUCACCGCCGGGAAGAUCAAACAGUUCUGUGACAAGUGCAAUACCCAGGUCCACCUGCACCCCAAGAGGAAGAGCCACCGCCACGGUAAGCUGUCCCUCCCCAAGGAGCUGCAGGAGGGCCUGGGGCGUCAGGGCAGCUUCCCCCGCCAGCGGAUGGAGCUGUUCGCCGUGCUGUGCAUCGAGACCAGCCACUACGUGGCCUUCGUCAAGUACGGCGCCGCCGACUCGGCCUGGCUCUUCUUUGACAGCAUGGCCGACCGCGACGGCGGUCAGAACGGCUUCAACAUCCCCCAGGUUUCGGCGUGCCCCGAGGUGGGGGCCUACCUGAAGAUGAGCCCCGAGGAGCUUCACGCGCUGGACCCCAAGAGCAUCCAGGGCCAGGCGCGCCGGCUGCUCUGCGACGCCUACAUGUGCAUGUACCAGAGCCCCACCAUGAGCCUGUACAAGUAGACCUCCACCCCCCCCCCCGCCCGCCCCCCAGCACCACCGCCCCCCCGACCCCCUCCACCCUCGAGGACAAGAGCCCCGUCCAGAGACACGGGAGGAAGGCCGAAGGGAACCAGACCCGCCGGGCCCCUUCGGUGUGGGGGUGGUUCAGAGUGGCCCUCUCUCUCUCUCUCCGUUCGCUCUCCUCUCCGCCGAAGCUCCCCUUCCUCCUCCCUCCCUCCGGUGUGUCAGGCAGAAGAGAGGGCCGCUCAGCUGGGGGAAUCAGCAUUAGAGAGGGCCUGGUGUGGGGCAGAGGGCCGCUCAGAGCUGGGGGAAGCAGCAGCAGCAGCAGUAGCAGCAGCAGCAGCAGCAGAGAGAGGGCUGGGAAGGAGGGGGAAGCAGCCACUGGCUGGAGGUGGAGAAAGUGUCUGCCCGCUUCGUGCUGAGGCCAUACCAGCCUCCCUGUGCCUCACAUGCAGGCUGCCGCUGGGGGACAAAGAGCAAGGACUCUGCCGAUGGGGACCCCUCAGAGUCCCUCGGAAUAGGAAGGAGGUGUGUGUGUGUGUGUGUGUGUGUGUGCGCGUGUGUGUGUGUGCGUGCGUGUGUGUGUGUGUAUAAAUAUUAGUGUGUGUGUGGGAGGUGUUGUGGAGCUCAUCUCUGCUGACCAGACACGUGGAAAAAAAACAAGACGUGAUGACCGGGGGCCACCUCAUUUACCUUGAGGAGAAGGGAGGUCCUGCCGUCCUUCAUCACUGUUCGGAAGGGAGGGCUUUCCAUUAGGACUCCAAGAACAAAAACAACUCCACCAACCACCACCUUCACCCGGCCCCGCGUGCGAGUGUGUGGGAACUCUCCCUGGUAGCAUCAAGUCUCUCACUGUGUAACAUGUUUGCCGUCGACAGUAUAAACGUGGACCCACUGUACAACCGCAUCGACCAUGUUCGACAACGACAUUCUUCCAUCGUGCCCAGUAGAUGUCCUUUAUAACAUGUUUCUUUUGCAGCUGAAAUUGUACAGAUGUAGCCAUUGUAUGAGUCCCACUUAAUUGCAUGAGUACCAAUCAAAUGCUGCAUUUCAGGAGGGGACGAACAGAAGACCAUUGGUUCAAUUUUACGCCAGUCAGCGGUUGUGAUUUGUCAAAUAUGAUAUUUCAGAGUUGUGUAUUUUAAUAUAUAUGGGUUUGGUUUUAUCGUACACCGUAGCUUUCGAGACAAAAAAUCUCUGUUAUUAAAUGCAAGAAAAGGGGUUAUUCUACAAUGGCUACGGCUGUAUAUGGGUGGAGGUCUCUGGCCGACCCCAGGUUACUGAGAUGAGGCACCCGCGGAAAUAGAAACAAUUUCUAGUACUCAUGAAUUAACAGUGUGAUGUGAAGAAUCCUGAGUUAACUGAAUCUAAAUUGCGUUUCAAGUUUACAGAUCUAUAUCGCUAUAUCUCUCCAGUCGAUGUGAUAACGCCUACACACAGUGGGGAACCGUGGAAGUAUUUUGCUAUCGCUGCCUUUCAGACAAAAAAAACUCAUAAGAUCUUCCCCCAUCCAUCCUUCCAUCCUUCCAUCCAUCCAUCCAUCCAUCCCCCGUGCAACAGAUGACUUAUACGCGAUUGUGAUCGUUUAUUUAUUAUAUUAUAAUCAACUUAAUCUUAAACCUGUAUUUCCCGUUUUUGAAGAAUCGUGGCGAUACAGUGCUCCCUCGCUACACGUUUGAGUUGUGAGUUGUGGUGGACUCUGUACCAUGGAACUACUGAAUGUUAACCCCGAGGACGCGCCACGGGGAACCGAGCGGGCGCAGGGCUGGACACCUUGGAGCCUGCAGGGUUAAAUAUAUGCAGUAUAUCUAUAUAUUUAAAACACUUCUAAACUCUAUUGUAUGAUGAUUUUGACCAGGUCGAGGAACCUGCUAGAUAAUACGAUAGUUAUGCUCAAUAAUGCAUAACGAACAAAAUACAUGCAUACCAAAGUAUUGAGACAAUGUUUCAUGUCAAAACAUUUUGAGGGGUGGGAUAUCGUUACAAUUGUCCAAUAAUCCAGCAGAAAUACAUUCUAAAUCACAUUCCCUGGUUUGGAUUCCCAUCAAGGCACAAAUUUGUCGAGGCUUAUAAGGAAUGAGGUCUCGGAAAACUACAACUCCCAGAUGCUUGUUCUGCCCGGGCCCCCCCUCCCCAGCCGGGCGCCGCCCCCCCUCUCCCCGACGGGACCUCCGCAGGGUGGAGAGGGGGGCGCGGUGUGCGUGAACUCGUUCUUCACUGCUGAACUUAAAUGCUUGUCACUGACAUGGGGAACGCACAAGUCUCCCGACAGAAGGCGGGACUUUCCUUCUUUCAUCUACAGUGUAGACCGAUGUGUCGGGUGGAAAUUAAUUUCAGUGAUGUUCCUCUAAAUGUUAACUAAAAUAAAACCCGUUUUGAAAGGUA